GUGUUGAAUGUUUGUUUUCUAAAGGAGACAAUGAUUCAUAAUUUGUGACACUAUAAAUCCUGAGGUUUAUAGAAAGGAUUCAUGACUUUGUAAUGGAGUUUUGAUGCUUGAGUAACCUGCAGGAGAGGAUGACACUUUCAAUGUCAGAGCUACACUUGUGGGCCCAGGAUUUGGAGAAGUGGACAGAAGGUCUGAUGGGAGUUGAAGGAGCUGCAGGUCCAGCUUCUUCUGCAUGCCAGCAAGGGUGCUGGAAAUGUAAACAAGAAUAGACUGUUCAUUCCCGAUGGCUUUUAGUCUAUACUAACAUAUUGUUUGUCAUGGCAUCCGAGACUGAAAAGACCCAUGCUUUACUGCAGACUUGUAGCACUGAAUCUCUUAUUUCCAGCCUUGGUCUGGGGGUAUUUUGCCUCGUAGCUGACAGACUUCUUCAGUUUCCUACAAUUCAGCAAAAUGACUGGCUUCGUGCUCUCUCAGAUAAUGCCGUACAUUGUGUAAUUGGCAUGUGGUCAUGGGCAGUAGUCAUUGGAAUAAAGAAGAAGACUGACUUCGGAGAAAUCAUUUUAGCUGGAUUUUUAGCCUCUGUUAUUGAUGUAGACCACUUUUUUCUAGCUGGAUCCAUGUCUUUAAAGGCUGCUUUGACUCUUCCGCGAAGACCUUUCCUUCACUGUUCUACUGUGAUACCUGUUGUAGUUCUGACCCUGAAAUUUACUAUGCACCUUUUCAAGCUCAAAGACUCAUGGUGCUUUCUUCCUUGGAUGUUAUUUAUAUCCUGGACUUCACACCAUAUCCGCGAUGGGAUUCGUCAUGGUUUGUGGAUAUGCCCAUUUGGAAAAACUUCUCCUUUGCCAUUCUGGCUUUAUGUAAUAAUCACAUCAUCUUUACCUCACAUCUGUUCAUUCGUUAUGUAUUUAACAGGAACCAGACAAAUGAUGUCUUCAAAACAUGGAGUUCGUAUUGACGUCUGAGGUAACCACACGGCAGUCUUAGAGAAGCAAAUGGCUCAGAUGAUGAUAAUUAAGAGUAGCCAACAUUAAAGUUAAUUUUUAAAAACACAGUUAGGUGUUUAUAUUAUUUAAUUAUUAUAAUUCUGGAAUCCUCUUGCUCAGGAAGCAUGUACAACUUUUUUAAAAAUUAUACUUGUUAUUAUUGUACUUCUCUCUUCUAUGACAACUCUAGUACAAUAUUAGAAUUUCAUUUAUUCCACAAUGUGUUUUUAUUGUUUUUUUCUGUUUAUCUGGUUUUACUAGUAGUUCUGUUAGAUUAACAUCCUGUUCAUUUUCUGGAAAUAUACCUGGAAUUUAGUCCAUUUCCUAGUGAAAAACAGUUCAAAUUUUAGGGUAACUAAUUUGUAAAGAGUUAACAUUAUAUUUGAAUCCACAUUUUCUUGAGAUAUUGAAAUAGUGAAAUCACCAAAUAAAUAAUAUCAAUCAUUUAACUAUACAAAUGUAUAGUUAAUGCUAACAUGUAUUUAUUUUCAUAUAUGUUGAUCCUGACUGAAAUUUAAUUUGCAGAAUGCUUUAUGAGUUAUGAUUGCUGGCAAAAUCUUCAGAGCACUUGUGACACAUCAUUAUAAUAUCCAGUAGCUAACAUUAGAUCUAGCUUAUUAUUUCAGAAAUUAAUUUAGGAAAUUAUUAAAACAUGUUGACUAUAGUAACACUUUACUGAAUUAGUAUUUUUUUAGUAUCUCUAGCCUAAAAUCUCAUGUGUUGUGUUUUAACUGUUUUGAAAAACAUAGCUACAUUUAAUAUUUGUUAAUAAAUAACAUUAACAAAAUACUGAUAUUUGGAUCAUAACCAUAACAUUUGAAUUCAUACAAAAAGUAAUGACCAGUAAUGUCAUUUCAAAUGUAAAUUCCUGAAUGUACCACUAAAAUUGUUUUAGUUGCUAUCAGUUUGUUUAUAUACUAUUCUAAAAUAUUUUACUAGUUAAAUAAUUUUUUAAUCUGCCUGAUACUGAAAGACAGCAUAUAUUUUUUUCAAAAUAAAGUUUUAGGAAAUUUGCUUUUUCCUUUUUCUUUCAGGUUGAUCUUCUAUUAAAAUGAUUCCUGUUUAUUAGAGAAGGAAAAUUUAGUUACUAUACAUCUUAUAUUUGCACAGUUUAUUAAAGUUAGUGCCCUGAAGUUACCUACUUUUCUUUGUGGCAUAUGUGGCAUCUGCUGUCUUCAGAUUUUCUUACAGUUUUGUGAUUUAUAAUGCUAGUGAUUGGUGUGCCUUAUUCUGUGAGGGAGGAUGGAGGGUUCAUAAAGCAAUGCCUUAUCCACAGCAGAUUUUCUUGAAUAUUAAGUUAAACAGAAUUCUGUAUAAAUUAUUAUGAAGGUUCAAGCUCUUUAGGGGAGUUUUUUUUCUUGUUGUUAACAAUUUGGUUGCAAUCUAUUAUGUUUUGCAAUUGACUAGAUAUUACAGUCUACUUAUUUUUCAAGAGUAAUUAUUGUAUAAGUUUGGUUAGUAUAAUGGUAAAUAUUAUAUAGUGGGGCUAAAUUUGAUUAAAGUUUUUUUUUAAGCAUCUGACUUCAGAAAUCCGUGGAAAUAAAGUCUGUAUCUUGUGUAACAAUUCCAGACUAAAUUGCAAAACCUUUUCUACUUUUUCUUUCUUCAUAUUAAACAAAUAAAUAUUAUUAAAAAUAUAGGGCCUUAUUUAAGAAUGCUACAUGGUGACAGGACACAGUGGCUCAUGCCUGUAAUCCCAACACUUUGGGAGGCCAAGGCCAACACUUUGGGAGGCUGAGGCAGGCAGGUCACUUGAGGUCAGGAGUUCAAGACCAACCUGGCCAACAUGGUGAAACCCCGUCUCUACUAAAAAUACAAAAAUUAACUGGGCAUGCUGGUGUGCACCUGUAGUUUCAGCUACUCGGGAGGCUGAAGCAGAGAAUGGCUUGAACAUGGGAGGCAGAGGUUGCAGUGAGCUGAGAUGGUGCCACUGCACUGCAGCCUGGGUGACAGAGGGAGACUGUCUUAAAAAAUAAAAAUAAAAUAAAUAAGAAUGCUACAUAGGCA